UGCUCACCGCCAGGAACCACACCUGCUCCAGCCGCCUCUUCCAGGCCGUGGCGGGCGCCCACCAGGUGCCCCGCGGCGUGGGCGGCGACGACGGGCGGGCGGCGCGGGCGGAGGGCGAGGCCGAGGCGCGCCCCGGCGACUCGGAGGGCGACGUGCCCGAGGCCCCGCGGGUUUGCCCGACCCGGCGGGCCCUCAGCAGGUGCCCGAGCGGCCGGGGGCGCAGCAGGGGCCCUCCGCCUACGACGCCGACAACGUGAAGGAGAUGCUGCUCAUCUACACCAUGGUCCUGCACCAUCCGGCCUUCACCUUCGAGCAGAAGCGCAUCAUCGCGGAGCUGCACACGGCCACCCUCAGACUGGAGGAGCAGCUGUGCCAGGUGCUCUCCCAGACGUGCGCCACCGCUUCCGAGGCUUGUGACAGCGGGCUAAGCGUUGGGACGGAGCCCGACGGAGACACGGUGUCCGACGGCUCUGGACUGCUCCCCACCCCGGGUCCCCCCCUUCAUUUCCACCAGCACCACAAUCCUACGUUGAGACCAGGUGUCCCCAGCCAUAAUGCAUCACAGACCGCUGAGGAAGGUGGUGGGAGUCAGGAUGCCUGCAGUAGUGGCAGUGGAGAAUCUAGUGAACUGUAUAAUGAAGGGGGAACUGUGCCUACCACCUAUAUUUACAAUUCCAAUAUCUUAGAUCAACAGAGUUUAGUUGCCCUAAACAACAACCUGCUAACCAUGAAUCCAGGAUAUCCGUGCAACCAUCAGAGCAGCUUCCACUACUAUACUUACCCUCAGGUGGUGGAUGCCUUACCUGCCUCUAUACCCGGGGCAAGGGGGGCACCUUCUGAAGGCUCAAGCAGUGAGGAUGGUGCCAUAAGCACGGCCCAUGCCGGCCCACCAGUUACGGCCUCUCCUCUCAGCUCUGCUCAGUCUUCACCUUAUGCCUCCCCUCUGCAGUCCCUCAGUCCAAGUCGUGCCUCGUCACCCUGGUCAAGGCCUGCUACCACCACCACUACCACUACCACAACAACAGUAGCUAAUUUACCUCUUACUAUAACAUCCUCCACUACGACCACAUCCAAGUGUGCCGUGUUGUCUAUUCACUCCAGUCCAAGGAUAGCUCAUAAAUACUCACCAUGUGUCACUCAGACCACUUCUCCAGUGAUGGCUGGCAACAGUAGUCCUGUCACACAUUCUGGGACCAUUUCUACAGCUCAGACUCACCGUGGAAAGCCCCCUGCAGCUGGUAACCGGCCGCAGAGACAAGCGGAUCGCUCUGGAUCCCGGACGAGAUUACCUGUGGCUUCCACGGUGGAUACUGGAGUGGGCGUUGGAAGUCAGAAUAGUCCAUCUGCUAAUCGCAGCAUAGUCCAGACCUCACCCUCAGUGUGCAGCAGUAAUGGGCAUAGCAAGAGUUCUUCCUCUAGAUGGUCGACAAGCAUGUCAACGUCAACAACUCCAUCUACCUCUUCCCAGUGUGUUGUAACUACUCCAACUUCUAGUGUGAGAAGUGUAAGUAGACAGAACAGCCAGAGUCCCUGUCCCACGUCGGGUGCCACCACAACUUGCAAAUCCCAGACCACUUCUACUGUUAUAGCCAGCUCUUCGUCAUUCAAGACCAACAGCAGCCAUACAAUAAGUGGAGCAACAACGUCCCUAACUUCUACUUCCACCACUGCCACCACAACAAGAAACACAUCAUCACCAGUCGUCCAAGAGAAAAUUGUCCACACUAUUGGUAACAGUUCAGGGAUAAGACCAACACCACCGUCAACAGCAAGUUCUAGUUCUGUAAUGAAUACUUCUAACACAGAAAAUUCUGCCGUUAAUAAUAAUAAUUGCCUCAACUAUGAAUUUUGCAAGAAUGAGAAAUUGAACAAGUAUUAUCAGCGCCUGUCAGAAUAUUCAGUUGAUAAGUUAAAACGGAUGACAGACCGCGAACUCCUAGAUUUAGGGCUGACUAAAAGUGCCCUGACAAAGCUACGGCGUGUCCUGGCUGGUUUAGAAUCCCCUAAUUACCACUGCCCAAAUGGCUUUACCAGUCCGCCAGCUACCCCACAUGCGCACUCAUUACCCCAGGCAAACCAUACAUCUUUCAGUCAGUCAGAUAAUGCCACACAAAAUCAAAUGAUUAUGCCUAAUGUUAACCAGAGCAGUUUACAAAGUCAACCCAGUUCAGUGCACAAUCCUCCUAUCACCACCAUCACCUCCAACAGUACACACAAUGUGCACACGACACACACAUCAAAUGCCACACACUCAGCACUGCAGAGCCAAACACAAAGUCAUGGAAAGACUUUUCAAAACACAAAUAUGGACCAUCCUGUAAAUGGAAUUUCUGAACGACAGAAUGGCUCUUCCCCCAACACCACUCUGACCCCUACUCCUACCACCACCACGACCACUACCACCUCUUCCCCUUCCUCAUCCUCCUCCUUCUCUUCCUCCUCCUCCUCCUCCUCUUCGUCCUCCUCCUCUUCCUCCCCCUCCUCUUCUUCCUCUUCCUCCUCUUCUUCCCUGGAAUCUGAAGUGCCAUCAUCUGCCCUGAGCACCACCACCUCUGGUGCUGUCACUGUGGUAACUAUCACAUGCGCCAGCCUUAUAUCCCCAGCUGUUUCUCUUGCUAGCAUUGCUGCAACAGCAAGCACAUCUGCCUCUCCAACUGCAGCAACACAAGUCACUCAAUGCCAUACAGUUACAAUUCCACCAAGUCAGAAAUUACCCAGUGUUUCACAACCACCACCAUUCUCCUCAUGUAGUGGAAGUUCUACUACACCUGUAAUCACUGCAGCUAUGAACGUACAGAGUUCUCAUUCAAACUGUAGCUCUGGCAUACCUUCCACUACCUCUCAUCCCACAUCUGCUGUGCCUACUUCUGUCUCAGCCACUAACUGUGUUCCUCACUACAUGACAACUCCACCUCCGUGCAUCCAGCUGAAGACUCCACCGCUAUCAGGUGGCUCCAGUCAACACCACAUUGCUACUCAGCCUCAGCAUGGCCAGCUUAGAACACCCCCACCUCCACUGUGUGUUCCUCCCCGCACACCUUCACGAGAACCAGCUACUCCAAGCACAAGCAAUGGGCUCAAUAUCAGUAAUGGAUCCCAGCAGGUCUUCUACACUAGCAACAAUGGACCAGGUGUAAAGAGUGGUGCAGCUGCCAGUUGUAGUAUUACAGGACCCACACCAUCCCUACCUGGGAGUAUAACUGGUUAUAGCAACCCGGUAGGCAUGCACACCUCGUCUGGGAAUAUGCCGCAUCCUGCCUAUACUUCUGCAGCAACUGUAGCUUAUACUGUAGCCAAUAAUAUGAACAUGCCUGUUUAUACAUCUUCUGGGAACAUGGGUGUUCCCCCACCUACUAAUGGAGGGCUGAUGCCUAUGGUACCUCCAGGAAGUUCAUAUCCAACCACCUACUUGUACCCACUACUAGGGGGCCCUGCAGGCUCACAUACCUACGUUCCUCCGGGGUCUUAUGCUGCCCAGCAUCCCCAUAGACCUGUUUAUAUAUCACAUAUGCAGCCAAUGGGUCAUGUAGCCCACAUGAAGCCCACACAUCAACCAGGAGGACAUGUAGGCACUGGGGGUGGCAGUAGAGGUGGAAGUAGCAGCAGCAGCAGUAGCAGCAGUAGCAUUAGCAGUGGCAGUGUACGAGGAUUCAACAAGGUCGGGCAGAGGGGCCACGGUCCAAUGAAAGGUGGCACGAGGUCGUCGGACUCUUCUCCUUCAUCCUCGCAGUAUUCAUCCCCGCCACAGACACCUAGUCCAGAUCAUACACGUGAGACAGAUAAACGGGGUAAAAAUGAUGGAACUGAACCUGGGGAAGCAGGGGAAACUGCAGGAUUAAUAGGGUCAGGUGCCAGUGAAGAAGGAACUCCACCCCCAUUGCACCAUCCCCCUAAUCCUGUCCUGAUGCCUCCCCACACUGGCCUGGCACAACCCCGUUAUGUGCAGUACCAGCAACUAAGCUACAUGGGUUUUCACCAGACAGGUAUAAGGUAUCAGGGUUUGCCCUUGUCAGCCCAGACACACGUGGUGGCUCCUAGAAAUCCUCUUCCGCUGAAUGGGGACAAGUCCAGCCGUGAGACUACGCCCCCCGCACCAGUUUCCUUACCAAUGGUUCAGCAAGAUCCACAGUGCUGUAUACGAUCUACUGACACUAAUGUUGCCCCGACCACAUCAGCUGGAGGGAGUCAUGGGCGUAAUGGUGGCUCUCCUCACACAGUACCCUCCCACCCAGAUGGUUCUUUGCCUCCUGUAGCUCUCACCCCUGUCCCAAGUAUUGCCUCAGCCACCACGGCCCAAGUACCUCCUGGUAACUUGUGUUCUGGAGCAAGACAUAGUAAUGUACAGUACAAUGCCCCAAGUUACCCAGUGCUCAUGGGUACACACAUGUUUCCGCACCUUCCAGGAUUUAUGUCAGCCCAUGGCUCUGCUCUGUCAAAUGGCUUUGUAUCCCCUUCAUUACCUCCUAACAUAGCCUUUCCCCCAAUGGGCAAUGGAAUGAAUGCAGAAUUUGGUGUAUAUGGAGGUCAGUAUCCGGUGUUAGGAGGUAACUCUCAAGGUGGUGGUGGUGGCGGUGGUGGUGGUCCGGGCACUGCUUGUGGAACCCCAAAUGUGAUGGGCCCCCCAUCUACUCCGGGCCCAGGCCUUGCUGCAGGGCUGCCGUACCCUCACCACUAUGUCCUGCCCCACACACCCAAUCCGUCCGCCGGUGCAAAGAAGACUUGCUACAACUGUGGGCAGGUGGGUCACCGCGGUGCUGAGUGCAAGGAGGCAAACAUAGAGGAAAUGUGCAAACGUACCAAAGACCGUCCGGUCUGAGUACAAAAUAUCAUGGUGCAAUAAUAAAAACACAGCCACCCAUUAUGCCAGCACUGUGGAGCAGAACUCUCAGCACAACUGACAAAGCUACCUUAGGUCAAGGGCUGAAAAUUGUGUGUUGAUAGUCAUCAUCAUUUGCAGUUUUGAGCAUCAAGCUGACUGUGGUUUUAAAGUAAAUGUUGUUUUACUUACAUAGACUAGUCCAUGACGAAUGCAGAUGUAAGAGUGGUCAUGUUAUUGGUCAAUCUAGUGCCAACAAUUUUCCUAUCAAAACUCAUAUUAUUUCAUCUGAUAGGGUUAUAAUUAGGAAUGAUGGUUGAUAUAAGUAUGCAGCUGAAUUAUUUUUCAACAGUGAGGAGUUUAUAGUUCUGAAAUGAAUUUUUAUUUAUUGAAGAUUAAAAGGAAUAUGUUAAGUAUUGUGUAUGUUAACACUAUUUGUGAUCAUUGAUGAGUAUGUAGUCAGUGAGUAUUCAGGAGGCCAAAGAAGUGACAGAAGAUGAUGGAUACGGCCAGUGAUAUUUAUUGUUUAGCUCGUGGGAGAUAAUUCUGUCAAGGACAGGAAAAUCUGUUGCAUUAGUGUCAUUAAAUUUAUAAUGAAUCAC